GUUCGAAUUGGAUCGGGAAAAAUGGUGAUCCUCAACUUUAUACUACUGAUUUUCAUCUCUUUUUGUGCGACCGCACAAGCUGAAAAAUGCGAUGUUGGCGUUGAUGGUUGCUUAUGGACGUGUAAACAGGCUACAUUGGCACCUGGCCAAGCAACGUGUAUGGCAAUACCAGCAACGCCAAAAUCUUGCGAGAUUGGUUCGAGUGUAAGCAUAUGCGGAACGACGUGCACUUGCUCCAGAGCUCCAACUUGUAAAGUGGGAGAAAAUGGUUGUUCGUGGAAUUGCAGAUCGUUUACACCGCCACCUGGCGUAGCAACUUGUUUGGGAAUGCCAGGAACACCAGAAACGUGUGUCGUUGGUUCGAGUGUCAGUAUGUGUGGAACGACGUGCACUUGCUCCCAAGCCCCAACGUGCAAAAUUGGAGAAAAUGGCUGCUCGUGGAACUGCAAAAGUGCUCCAUUGAAACCUGGACAAGCUACAUGCCUUGCGCUUCCAAUAAAACCAGAAACUUGUGUCGUUGGCUCCAGUGUGACCACAUGCGGAACGACGUGCACUUGCUCCCAAGCCCCUACGUGCAAAAUUGGAGAAAAUGGCUGCUCGUGGAACUGCAAAAGUGCUCCAUUGAAACCUGGACAAGCUACAUGCCUUGCACUUCCAAUACAACCGGAAACGUGUGUCGUUGGCUCUAGUGUAACCAGAUGUGGAACGACAUGCACUUGCUCGGCAUCAUCUCCCCGAUGUUCGUGUGGUUCGAGAUGAAGAUGCAAAUUCAAUACGUAUGCUUAAAUAGAAUCAACCACACGACUAUUUAUUGUAUAUGCCAGAUUUAUUUGAUUAAAUGUCU